GGGCGCCGCGGAACAAAGGUCCAGCCUCGGCCGCUCAGCCCCGAUCGGGGGCUUUUUUCCGCAGCCUGAGCUCAUCAUGAAGGCCAUUGAUGAGCCUCCAUAUUUGACAGUGGGCACUGAUGUGAGUGCUAAAUAUAGAGGAGCCUUCUGUGAGGCCAAGAUCAAGACAGCAAAAAGACUCGUCAAAGUCAAGGUAACAUUUAGACAUGAUUCUUCAACAGUGGAAGUGCAGGAUGACCACAUAAAGGGCCCAUUAAAGGUAGGAUCUGUUGUAGAAGUAAAGAAUCCAGAUGGAACUUACCAGGAAGCUGUCAUCAACAAAUUAACAGAUGCAAGUUGGUAUACUGUAGUAUUUGAUGAUGGAGAUGAGAAGACUCUUAGACGCUCUUCUCUUUGCCUGAAAGGAGAGAGACAUUUUGCUGAAAGUGAGACAUUAGAUCAGCUCCCACUCACGAACCCUGAACAUUUUGGUACUCCUGUCAUAGGAAAGAAGACAAACAGAGGAAGGAGAUCUAAUCAUAUCCCAGAUGAAGAAUCCUCUUCCUCAUCCAGUGAUGAAGAUGAAGAUGAUAGGAAACAAACUGAUGAACUAUUAGGAAAAGUCGUGUGUGUAGACUAUGUUAAUGUGGAUAAAAAGAAAGUUCUGUGGUUUCCAGCCUUGGUGGUUUGUCCAGAUUGUAGUGAUGAUAUUGCAGUGAAAAAGGACAAUGUUCUAGUUCGUUCUUUCAAGGAUGGUAAAUUUGCUUCUGUACCAAGAAAAGAUGUUCGAGAAAUUAGUGAAGCUUCACCAAAGCCUGAUGCUUUGUUAAAACAAGCCUUUGACCAAGCCCUUGAAUUCCGUAAAAGCAGAACUGUUCCCAGUAACUGGAAGACUGAGUUGAAAGAGGAGAGCUCCAGCAGUGAAGCUGAAGAAGAGGAAGAAGAUGAAAAAGAAAAAGAGGAUAAUAGCAGUGAAGAAGAGGCAAAAAUAGAGCCUUUUCCAGAGGAAAGGGAGAAUUUUCUACAACAGUUAUACAAAUUUAUGGAAGACAGAGGGACUCCUAUUAAUAAACGACCUGUACUUGGAUACAGAAAUUUGAAUCUCUUUAAAUUAUUCAGACUUGUACACAAGCUUGGAGGAUUUGAUAAUAUUGAAAGUGGAGCAGUAUGGAAGCAGGUGUAUCAAGAUCUUGGAAUACCUGUGUUGAACUCAGCUGCAGGAUAUAAUGUUAAAUGUGCUUACAAAAAAUAUCUGUAUGGUUUUGAAGAGUACUGCACAUCGGCUAAUAUUGAAUUUCAAAUGGCAUUGCCAGAGAAAAUGACGAAUAAGCCCUGCAAAGAGUGUGAACAAGAAAAAGAAUUGAAAAUGCGUGAAGAACCUGAACAGGAUGUAAAAGAAAUAAAAGUUGUUAAAGAAGAGCAUAAGGAGGAGGAAGAAGUAAUCAUACAACAGGAAGAAACAAAACCAUCUGAGAAUGAUAAUGAAUGUAAAGAAGAUGAUAAACCCACCUUUCUGGAAAACAAACAAAACUUGCAAGAAUCUAUGUAUACUCAGUCUGACCAGGAAAAGGAUUUCAAUUCAACCAAAACAGAAGGUGAAGCCAAUCUGGGAGUUAAAGAGGAAGAGAAUAUUAAAGAAAUGGAAAUUCUUAACAUGAACAUGGAAGCUGAAGGAAAAGAAAAAUCAGGAUAUGAUGAAUGGAUAAAAGCAGACAAGAUAGUGAGACCAGCUGAUAAAAAUGUGCCAAAAAUAAAGCAUCGGAAGAAAAUAAAGAAUAAAACUGACAAAGAGAAGGAUGAGAAGUAUUCUCCUAAAAAUUGUAAAUUGCGACGCUUGUCAAAACCACCCUUUCACACGAGCACAUCACCAGAGACUGAGUCCAAACUUGACAGCAUUGAAGCCAAAAAUUCUCCAGUUAAAUCCAUAGAAAUAACUUCUAUCCUUAAUGGGCUACAAGCUUCAGAAAGUUCUGCUGAGGAUAGUGACCAGGAAGAUGACCAGAGUGCCCAGAAUGUACAUAAUGGUGGCAAGGAGGAAUCUCCAGAUGAGACUGUGAGCCAGGACAAAAGUGAAUUCUGUCCAAAAGAAGAGCAGAGCAGCUCAUCUCCCCAAGAAGAGGAGAAAGCCCUUGCAGAUGUAGCACCACUUAAAUCAGUAUCCAAAUCACCAGAAAAAUUGCGGAAAGAGCUGGAAGAAUUAUCUGAUGAUACGGACUAUGAAGGACAGGAUGAAGCUACAAAGAAGAGAAAGGAGGUCAAAAAGGAGGUAGUAGAUAAAACAACAAAGCCACAGGUAAAACGUGGUAAGCGAAGGUAUUGCAUCACAGAGGAAUGUGUCAAGACUGGGUCACCUAAUAGAAAGGAUGAAAAGUCCAAGAGCAAAGACUCCCAUAGCUUAGAACAUAGUAGUAACAGCUCCUCAGAUGAAGAUGAGGAGGACAAAUCUAAACUAAAAAUAAUGCCAACUAAGAAAUACAAUGGGAUAGAGGAGAAAAGGAAGUCUUUAAGGACAAGUGGUUUCUACUCAGGGUUUUCUGAAGUGGCAGAAAAAAGAAUAAAGCUUCUAAACAACUCUGAUGAAAGACCUCAAAAUACCAGAGCUAAGGAUAGAAAAGAUGUAUGGUCUAGUAUUCAGGGACAGUGGCCCAAGAAAACAUUGAAAGAACUUUUUUCAGACUCUGACACAGAGGCUGCAGCCUCACCCCCACAUGCUUCUGAGGAUCCUGCAGUAGAGGAGCAGCUGGAGACUCUUGCAGAAGAGGUUUCUUUGCCCAGCUCUGAACUAGAAAAGCCUUUACUAGCCAGCAUAGAUGUUAAACCUGUUGAGGAGAAACCAACGGAAAUGAGUGACAAGAAAGUUGAAUUUCCAAGCAGUGGGAGUAAUUCAGUGCUAAAUACUCCUCCUACAACCCCUGAAUCACCUUCAUCUGUCACUGUAACAGAUUCUAGUAGACAUCAGUCCAGUGUAACAGUCUCAGAGACAUUGGCACCAAAUCAAGAAGAGAUACGAAGCAUCAAGAGUGAAACUGAUAGCACAAUUGAAGUGGAUAGUGUUGUAGGGGAGCUGCAGGACCUUCAGUCUGAAGGAAAUAUUUCUCCAACAGGCUUUGAUGCCAGCGUCAGCUCUAGCAGUAGUAAUCAACAAGAAUCAGAACAUACUGAAAAAGUCUGUACAGGUCAAAAAAGACUUAAAGAUGCUCAGGGAGGAGGCGGUUCCUCAAAAAAGCAGAAAAGAAGCCACAAAACAUCAGUGGUGAACAACAAAAAGAAGAGCAAAACUACAAACAGCAGUGAUAGUGAAGAACUUUCUGCUGGUGAAAGUAUGACCAAGUCUCAGCCAGCAAAACCAGUUUCCACUGGAAUGAAGUCUCACCAUACCAAAUCACCUGCAAGAACACAGUCUCCAGGAAAAUGUGGGAAAAAUGGAGAGAAGGAAUCUGAUCUCAAGGAACAGAAUAAUCGUUUGCCUAAAGUUUAUAAAUGGAGUUUUCAAAUGUCUGACCUGGAAAAUCUGACAAGUGCAGAGCGCAUAACAAUCCUACAAGAAAAACUGCAAGAAAUCAGGAAACACUACCUGUCCUUAAAAUCUGAGGUAGCUUCCAUUGACCGAAGAAGAAAGCGCUUGAAGAAAAAGGAACGGGAAAGUGCUGCUAUUACAUCAUCAUCUUCUUCCUCACCUUCCUCCAGUUCCAUUACAGCUGCAGUUAUGUUAACUUUAGCAGAACCAUCUAUGUCAAGUUCAUCACAAAAUGGGAUGUCAGUUGAGUGCAGGUGACAGCAGGACUUGCCAAAGCACUUUGCACUUAAUGGCUGCUGAGGGCCACUUUUUUUAUACUGCACGGUGGCACAAAAUUCAGACAAGCACUAUUUUGUAUUUAAAAAUUGUUUCUUGACAAGCUAACUUUGCACUUAAGUGCACUUUUAUGAAGAAAAAGUACAACAAACUGCUUUUCCUCAAGCAAUAAUUGUUUCCAACUUGUCUGGGAAUUGUACGUCUAGUGACUCGAAGGCCUUCCACUGUGGCAAAUGGAGAGGCUGUUCACUGCCUGUAGAGACAGUACAGUAAGCAUACAGUUGUUGGAGGGGCCUAAUUGAUGUGUUAAGGCUUACUGUACGUGUAUUCCCUGGUAUUUUGUUAAAGCUGGAACAUUUGAUAUUUUUCCAUUUAUUUAUGACAAAUAUUGAACCUAUUUUCAUUUGUACAAACUAAUUGUUUUUUAACUUCUAAGUCACCUCAUAGUGGCUUUAAUUGUAUGAGUCAAGCACAUGUAUUAAAUUCAAAACCUGCAGUUAGUAGGAUGUUUGACAUCAGUCCUGAUAACCAAAUAUGAAGAUUCUCUUUUGAAAAGACUGACUAAUGUUUACAGGUUUGAAUUAGGCUAAUAGGUUACUAUGGGUUGUAAUAACCCAUUAAUUGGAAUGGAACUACUGUACUUUGCCAUUUUUCUAUGAAUCAGUAUUUUUUUUAAUUUUGAUAAAAUACAUUAUGACAAAAGGAAGAAAAUGGCUAUCAAACUGUAUUAAAUCUUAAACAAUGUAUAAAGAUUGUAUUUAGCCAGUUUAAAGUGUAUAUUUAUUCAUAAUGGAUUAUAACAGUUAUAUUUUUGUGUUUUCUUGUAAAUGUUUCAUUUUCCUUAAAGCAACAAAUAUUUCAUUUGUAAUGCUUAUAUUAUUACGAGCUGUAACAGAGAGGACUUCAAGAAGGAGAAAGCUGUGUUAAUAUAGUUUGUGGUUGCUGAUAUGAACACUGUCACAAAAGGAUAGUUGUUUUUAAUAUAAAUAGCUAGCUGAGUGUUAGACAUAAUUUUUUUUUAAAAAAUGCCUUGUACAAACUCCAAAACCAACUCAAAACUGUUUUCACAUAUAUUGAUUUUAUGUUGUAUGAAUCCCAAGCUCUCUCCUGUUAAUUAUACAUCUUUGUAAGACAUUUGUAUAUUGCAGAAGUGUUCAUUCAAGCUAUUUAAUACCUGGCACUGUUAAUACACAGUACUUUAUUGUACAGAUUGUUUUACUGUUUUAAUUGUAGUUCUGUGUACUUCUUUUGGCUGGGGGAAAAAAGGGGCUGGCAUGUUUUUCUUUGUUUUUUGGCAAUACAACAUGUAAUUUCAAAAGGUUUUGUUUGUAGAAGCUAGAGUGUCAGAAUCCUUUACAUUCGACUUUUCUAAGAAAAGCGUUUUCAGUCUUCGUAGUGUGUGCUUACGGUAACUGAUUUUAUUGAAAAUGGUUUCAAAGUAUUCAGAUUUGUACAAGACUGUAAAAAUUUGUUGACAAACAUUGAAGGAAAAGCUUAUAGAAAAAAGCUAUAAAAUAUAUAUUAGGUUCUGCAGACAAUGGAGAAUUAUGUAAUAUAUUGUACAAAUGUAAGCAAAGGCCUCUGAAAUAAAAUGCCAUAGUUUGUGAAUCCCUGA